CUUUUGUUUUUCUACUUUGGUAGGGAGCAAUUUUCAUCUCGGUUGCCAUGACUACUGCAUUAGAAUGUGAUGAUACAACACACUACACUGUAGAAUCAAAUGGAAAAGUUAUGAAAUGCACUGCUUGCAGAGUUUGCUAUCCAGGUUAUGAACCAAGGGUACCAUGCGGGAAAAUUAUUGGUGCCAGUGUUUCAGUCGGGGAUUGUGACCCAUGCAAGAAUGGUACAUACUCUCCAAAGAAAGAUGUCAAAGCAUGUCAAGAUUGUCAUCACAAGAAAUGUUUUGAUCACCAAGUUGUUGAGGGGACAUGUACUGAUAAGAAUGACAAGUCUCGCUGCACUGAUAAAUGUGAAGAAGGCUACAGUAUGAAUAAUGAGGGAACUGUAUGUGAAGAUAAUUUGGCACGGCAGAACGAAACAAAAACUCUGGCAACAAAGACAACAAGCAAUAAUUCCCCAACAAGUCGUACAACAACCCGCAAUACAACAAAUCUUGUGAUAUUAGAAAACCAAACAUAUAUUAAAGAAUCUAAGCUGGCUCCUGGUGCUAUUGCUGGCAUUGUCUGUGCUGUGAUAUUUGUCCUUGUUAUUGUGAUAGUCAUAUUAAGUGUACGUUGGUAUAAGUCGAGGAAUACAGAGCAAGGAGGUAGGUUUAUAGCAUUGUUUAUAAGCAGCCAUUAAUUAGUCAAUUGUAUCCUGAAUUUAUAAAACACUUCAGUAAGUAGAGACCUGCUAUUGCCUGCAUGUGUACAGAUGUAAUACUCUCAAUGAAGCUCGUGAGAGAAUGUCUGUGAGUUGUGGAUGAAGAUUCCUUGUUCUGCAUGGUCACAUGCAUUUUCCCCACAUUAGGGGAAAGGCCUCUGAUUGGACAGUGCUUUAUUUGAAUAAUAUAUGACAAAUGAAGAUAUUUCAUUGGUUAGUUGAUAAUUAGCAUGCAUUUAAAUUAAAUAACAACACAAUAAUUCAGAGAUUUCCUCAAGAAUCAAGAUUUCCUUCGGGGCAUACAAAAGUUUUAAACUUGAAAUAUAAUAUGUUGCAUUUAAUUUUGUGCUGUAUCGAAGUUUAAGAAAAUCAAGAUAAAAUUCUAGUGUUUGGACACUCGGCGAACAAUGCUGGCAAAUAUAUACUAAAUACAACAAAGUAUCAGACAGAAAUUGACAAUUUAAUAAAUUGACAAUCUGUUUAUAUGUCCAGACCCCCUGUGAUAAAGCAUUUUCUUUAAUGUGUAACUUUGUCUUAACUUGGCCAGUUAACUUUUAAUUACUUUAAAAUGCACCUUUUGAAUAACCAGUUGUGUUUAUAAACACUUUGUCUUUGUAAACAAAUUUAUGCCAUAUGUAUACUAAGAUCGAAGUAAGAACUGAGCUUGUACACCGGACUUGCCAGCUAUAUGAUCAUCGUUCAGCAUUGUAUAUAUAUAUAUAUAUGCAAUAUAUUUCUGGUGUAUCGUUUUUCAGAUUAUAUUUCAAGUCUUUCAAACUUUUGUAUGCCCCGAAGGAAAUCUUGAUUCUUGAGGAAAUUUCUGAAUUUAAAAUGCAUGCUAAUUAUCAAUUUAAACUAAUGAAAUAUCUUCAUUUGUCAUAUAUUAUUCAAAUAAAGUACUCUCCAAUCAGAGGCCUUUCCACAAAUCUGGGGAAAAUCCACGUGACCAAAACAAGGAAUCUUCAUCCAACUCACAGACGUUCUCUUGUGCGCUUCACCGAGAGUAACAUCUGUAGACAGGCAACCUGCUAGUAAUCCUAGUAGACCAGUGUUGUGAUUAAAAAUGAAAACGGUCUAAGAUUAUUCUAUAAUAUUCCCCAAAGAUAAAAAUGACGAGGAAUCGCCAGGCAGCUCUACAGAAAUGUUGGACAAACCUGAUGCAGAAGUCGAGAAACGAGAAGCUGUAAAUUUUAGUAAGAUGCAAGGUAAUGUCUUCUCAGAUACAGAGAAGAAUGAUUCAGCGAAUACUAGCUCAACAUCAUUGGAUGAAAUCAAGGAUGACGUAACAGAACCAUUGAGCCAGCAAGGUCAGUUCAUUUUUAUUGUAUGUGUUAAUUCCCUUCAGAUUAGGGGGGUGUCAUUGGGGGCCCCGCAACACCAUACAAAUGCGUUCGAGGACACCGCAUCACCGCAAAAAAAAUUGUAAUCAUCACAUGAAAGAAAUACGGUUAAAAACAUGUCAUGGCAUGGCGCGUUCCAUAAGGUUUUUUGACUUCUGUUAUUAGAUUAUAGAUUGUGAGUUAGGUCGUUGUUAGGCCAAAAAAAUAUGUGGAUUAAAAAACCCCUGAAAAAAAACAUGCGGAUUUAACCGAAAACUAACCAAAACUAUACAGAAAUAAUAUCAUCUCACCGUAUCACCGUAAGGUAAAACGCACAAUCACCACACACUGCACCUUUUUUUUGUCACCACAACACUGCAAUUUUGGAGCCUUAGUCACCAUAUCACCACACUAAAAAUAGCCCAACUCUGUAACACCGCAAGUCCCCAUGACCCCCCCCCCAACUUUAAAGUUCAUUAUAUGCUCUUUGAGCUUUCUUGACAUGUUUAUUUUGCUUAAAUGUAGAAGAAUGUCAGCAUAAUGAUUUACUUACAUCAGAUGGACCCCAUCAGGAAACAACAGGAGGAUUUGGUAUCUUCAUCAUUCAUCAACUGUUCUGAUAUUGAAUUUGUGAUAUAUUCUUGUAAUUUGAUUCAAGUCUAACAAAAGAAUUUAAUUUCCAAUACAUUUAGUUGAUCCAAGCCAAUCAAACAAUGUAGGAAAUGAUGUCAGUGGUACAGUCAUGGGCUAUACACCCACGAACAAUGUGCUAGGUAAAUGUCAGUUAUGUAUUGAUAUUUCCAAUAUUUUUAAAAUGAAAAAGUUUGGAAUCUGUAACUUAUAUGUUAUUGUAGCAAUGCCAUCAGGACCAGGGAUGCAAGACAAACCACCAGAAACAGUAUUGCAAGAUGGACUGCCAGAAACAUUGAUUCCACAAAGAGCACCUGCUGCAGUCACCCCAAAUUAUCUUCAAGUUAAUGAUCCACAUCUUACAAGGUUUGAUGAUCUUUCUUCCCAAAUAUAUAACGAAAUAUGUGGAACAUUUGAUGCUGGUACAGCUGGAAUAGGCUGGACGGACCUGGCUGGCUGGCUGGACUUAACUGUUAAAGAUGUUAAGACAAUUAGAAUAGUGGAAGACAAAACUAAUCAAUUAAUUCAAAGAUGGGCAGUGGAAACUGAAAACACUGUAGCUAGGUUUGUGGCAAUUUUGGAAAAACAUAAGAUGACAUGCUUGGUUGACAAGAUUAAUACAGAACUUAAUUACAAUUAAUUACAGCAUAAGUUACUUAAUAAUAGAAACAGAUGGAAUUGUCAUUGUAAGAAAUUUAAUAAGA